CGGAAAUGUCCUUAAAUUUGACAUUUAGAUAACUAUUAGCGCUUUAAAAAAUAUAUACCAUAAGUUUAUUUGUUUGCUCAACUGUUAUCAGCCCUAACAAGUCCCAAUAGUUGAAUUUAUGAGGAAAGAAGUACUUGCCUCUAGCUACCUUUUAUAUGUCACUAUAGUUAUAUUUAUUUGAACUGCAAUAUGAAACCACUGAACGUUUGGCAAAUUCCUAACCAGUUCUUGUUAAGUUAUAACAGAGUCCUACAAAUACUUUCAGCACAUGCUGAGGUGUCAUCGAAGGCUUCGAAUUCAUUUGGAGAUUUUGAUGAAGAUUUUGCGAAAAACUACAUAGAAACGACAUCAUUUCAGAAAUUCCUCUUGGCCCUUGGAUCAGGUUAUGUUGUACUUAGGGAUCCCUUCAAGGUUCAUAUGUCAACCUGUUUUAGUGAAACUACUGGGUUAUACGCAGCAGGCAAUCUUUUGAAGAGGGUUGAAUCCACAGAAGAAGGUAGAAGACUGUUGAUGGACAAGCCCAGAGUUAACUCAAAGACAAUAGAUCUAGAAAAACUGAAACAUCUACCUGAUGAUACAUUUGGAAAAGCCUAUUUCAAUUUUCUGUUUCAAAAUAACUUGACACCGGACUCAAGACACGUUGUACGAUUUAUAAAAGACAUAAACGUGGCAUACGUCAUUCAACGGUACAGAGAAAUUCAUGACUUUGUUCAUACUGUGCUUGGUAUGCCACCCAAUACCUUAGGUGAAACUACCGUUAAAUGGGUGGAAGCUUACCAAACAAAAUUGCCCUAUUGUGUAAUGGGAGUAAUUUUUGGUCCUCUGAGUAUCCCAUCCAAGAAGAGGAGUAUUUAUUUCAAAUACUACGCUCCAUGGGGCUUUCAAACAGCAAAAGAUUGCAAAUUUCUCUACAACAUUUACUUCGAGAAGCGUUGGGAGCAACCACUAACCGAAUUGCGUGAUGAAUUAUGUAUUGAAACAUUGAAUUUACCUCAACAAAUAAAACUGUAG